CAAAGUUGACGUAUAAAAAUGUAGUCUAUUAAAAGUAAAAUAAAUAAUUUUUUUAUUACAUUAAUUAUUUAAUGAAAUAUUAAGAAAAAAGUGAAUUUAAGAAUGAUGGUAUUCAUAUUUUAAAAUGCAGUCGCUAAUAUCACCCGUCGAUCAUGAAUCUCGACAUAGUUCAUACCACGCUGAUGAUGAACUCCAGAACCCGUCGGAGGAUACUCCGCUCCUCCGUCGCUUCCCACGUGUGAACGACACUACUAAUGUGAUCACGGCCAUGAUAGUCAGCAUGAUGAUUCUGGUUUUGCUAAGUGGAUUGGCGAUUGGCGUUUAUCUCUUGGUGUUGCAAAGCGAUGCAGAUAAUAUGUUGCCACCGAUCGAGAUGCCACUAUUCGUGGCUCGAUCCCAAUGGGACGAAUCAAGCCCCACGCCAUCUGAGGAACCCAUUAAUCAAUUUAAAGCGAAGUCCGUUGUGAUCGAACAGACGGACACAGGCCAGUGUCAGGGGAAGAAUGCUUGCAUACAACUGAUGAAAUCAAUGCAGGCGAACUUGGACGAUAAUAAAACGCUGCCAUAUAACUUUGCGAUUUCAACCGAUGGAUUUAUCUACGAAUGUCUCGGAUGGGAACAGCCGUCGCCCUUAUAUCCUGAGCUCUAUGGUCUAGUCAUUGCGUUUAUUGGUAAUUAUACUGUAGUGAAGCCAUCGAGCAGUCAACUCGAGUCCGCGUAUAACCUGAUAACUGUAUCCUUAGCCAACGACUAUCUCGAGAGGGAUUUUAUAUUCACUAGCAAAAAUGACACGACGUUAGUCGUAAGCUAUCUCAAGAAGGCGUUAACCGAUUUAUCUCGAUCGAAAUUACAGAGGCGAAGCCUUCUGAUGCCGAAAAUAUAUAUGUUUAAAUCGGCCAAAUAUAACUUCAACUAACUGAACGAAGGAUACUGUUUUGCAAUCCUUCUUUUAUUAUAAUAAUAAUAAUAAUAAAAUAUAUACUCAAAUUUAUUGGAACUUAUCUCGGGUCGAGAGGAAUUUUAGCUAUAGAGUAUAUAUAUACACCUUUAAAUUUAACAUAUACAUUAUUAAUGUAAUAAGAAAAAAUUUAGUAUUUCAUGUCCGUCUGUCUAACUUUGCCUUUGAUAGUCCUGUUUAAUGUAAAGUUUCUCGAUCAUAUUUAAAUAAGUCACUUACGCGCACAGUCUAAAACAAAAAAGUACUAAUAAGUAUACGCUUCCGUCUACAUUUAAAAAAAUAUAAACAAUUUGACUAGAAAUGUUCCCAUACAAAAAAAAACAAACUCAAUUUAAUAAUGAUUGUUUGUUUUUUUAUUAAUGGCAAUACUUAUUUAAAUUUUUUUUCCAAAGCGUAAAUAUUACAAUUUGACUGCUAUUUUAUCAAUAUUUAAUAUUGAUGUAUAAUUUGUUAUUAAGUAAUAAUAAUUAAAUGUUACUUUAAAAUUAUGUUUUAAUGAUGUAAUAAAUUAUGUUAGAAGUUUAUUUUAGGUUAGUUUAUAUUCAUUUUUAAAUGAAUUCAAAUAUAAUAUUCAUAAUAAUAGCAUUAAUUAUUAAAAUUUGGUGCUCAAAUAUUUGAAUAUAUUUAAUGUAUUUAUACGUUAAUAUAUUAUAAAUAUAUAUAUAUAUAUAUAUAUAUGUAUCAAACUUAUCUAAUAAGUUAUACGAUAUUGAAAAUUUUAAAUAUAUAACAUUAAUGAAAUGUCAAAACUGAUUCAAGUAAGGUUGUAUCCAUAUUUUUUUUCUUAUGUUAAACUUCAAGGUCAAACCGUAAAAUUCAUACUUAGGAGGAAGAACUCUAUUUUAUCUCUGAUACUAUUUCCAAGGAAAGUCAUUGAUUUGAAAAAAUACUGAUUAGUACACUAGUUAUGUGGUUUCACUUUAGCAUUAGGAUUGUUUUUGAGGCACUGGUGUUGCUGUAGUUAUACAAUGACUGAAAUACAUACAAUAUAUGAUUAGAUCCCAUCGCCGAUUUCGGUAUAUUUCAUGUUAUUUUUUUCGCGCCUAUAAAAUUUUAAUAGCAAUUUACCAAAUAAUAGUUAAAACAAAAAGUCCUGAAGGUACUGACGUGCAUCUUUUUGUGCAUAAGCAUUAAUAAUAUCCGAAAACAAUAUUUCAAAUAUUUUUUUGUAAUCUGAAACAAUUAAAAAUAUCAUAACAGCACAUUAGCGGUUUGUUAUGUGAUUUUUUUGAGGCGUCGAUAUUUGUAUAUAAUUGAUUGAACUCAAAUCAAAAUCGGGUAGAUUUUAGUUUAGUUUUUAUAGCGUAUUUUAUGUAUACAACAAUGUUUAUAUGUAUAUUACUUUCGUGAUGUAAGAAAAGAUUUUAAACAUAUUUAUCAUAUUAACGCACAGAUUGAGCUAUAAUUUAGACUAUAUAUUAUAUAAGAACUAUGUAUAAAAUAA